AUGUCUGGAAAUUUCACAAUUUCACUGGAAGACGUCAAGCUGGACCCAACUGUACAAAUACUUACAAUUAUAGAAUUGGUCUACGGUAUUCCAUCAUUCAUGCUUUUGAUAUGCUUUCAAUUUUUGUUAGGGAUCUCGAAAGUUUAUGCGAAUUCAUUUUAUAGACUAGUUCAGUUGGCUUUGCUAACUAACACAUUCGUCUACUUGAACACGUGGAUUGCAGUUCGAAUGGAGAUGCAUCCGUCUUGUAUAUUCUUUUUGAAGUUCGUUGAAGAAUUAAUACCGGGAUUUUUGGCGUGGACCAAAUAUUUCACAUGGUGGUUUUUGCAUAUACAAUUUCUGUCGGCUGCUUCACUGACUGUUCACCGAAUAUCAUCAUUUUGGUGGCCACAAUCUUGUGAAAAGUUCUGGUCAAAAUCCUACAUCUUCUGCGGGCUGGCAUUUGCAUUAUACAGUUUUUUACCAACUACGAUUUGGUUCGGAUUUACCAAUGAAGUUCAUAUUUUGAACGACACAUUAAUGAGAACCAGAAAUCCGGAAUUAGUUAAAACGGCAACCAAUACGACGGCUAUAUUCACUAUAAUUUAUUUCAUAAUUAUUUGUGUACUGGGAAUUAAGACAUCUGUAAUCAUUAAUAAAAAUAAGCAAGCCCUUUCUGCAAUGUAUGAGAAAAUUGCCAAAAAACUCACACAUAUCGCAAUUGUCCACUGCGUCGUGUUUGCUGGAAUUUUAUUAUGGAGUGUUCUCACUUCAUUGAAUUCUUUCUGGAACUUUUUCCCAGAUUUCAUUAUUGGGAUCAAUCAAACUUUGAUGGUUUUCUCCUCGGAUUUAAUGACAUUCUCUCUGCCUCCCGUUCUUCUAUUUUUUGACAGCAAUGUUCAACGACAAUUUUUACCAAAGUGUUGUCAAAGAAAUUAUUAUUUGGCGCCUGUUUUCGCUAUUUCAAAUCAAUUAUUAUUAUUGAGACGCAGAAAAAUGUGCUCCGCCCCUUGA